AUGGAUAGAGACGGCGUAUUCGCAGACUUCGAUGACGAGAAAGUAUACAGCACGAGCCGAAAAUAUGCCCUGGAUGGAUCGACGAAGAACUUUGUCGUUGAUUUUGGGAAGGACUCAGCUCAAGUCGCGUUCGACCUUCAGAAAAUCGACUUUGAGAUCCUGUUGAAGGCUGAAAGGCCUAAGCAGCGACCUAUUCGAUGGAUCAAUAUAUGGGGACCCGAUACACAACGAGAAGAGGUGGCAUAUAUAGGCCGGCAAUAUGGCUUCUCCCCGAGACUCCUCGCAAUUAUGGUCACAAAACCCGAACGGGAGGACACCGAGGGUAUUACAUCAGAUAGACACGGCUUGAGACAGAGGAUGCGCCAUCGAGAUGAUGUAGAAGUUGGGACGGCCUCCGGAAACAAUGGCCCCCCUCCUCUCGAACACUACGACGCGAGUCAUUACUCUAUCGUGAGGCAGAUGGUCAACUAUCAUGCCGUUGAUAUCGGCGCAAAGUUCCUCUGUAUAGGUGCGAACUGGAUGCACCAAAAGAGGCGGAAAUCGGAAAGCGAAGACGAUGAUCAUCGGUUUGAAGACGAGGGGCAGCAGCGUCGUUUAUAUUCGUGGCUAAUACUGUGUGAUGAUCAUACUAUCAUAUCUUUACAUGAGAGCCAAGCACAGAUAAACAAUGCAGACGACCUGAAAUUGGUCCGGGCCAAUCUCUUCAGCGUCUUUAGCCAGGUAUCUAAAUGCCACGACCCGCCUAAUAACCCCAUAUCAAUGCAGACGGUUCGGGAUGCCUUAGGGUCGAGUGAUAGUUGGGGGAUAGACGGCGCAAGCAAUCUAUUCUACUAUCUUUUCGAUGAUUGGCGGGCGGUCUAUUGUACUGUUGCAGUGUUUCAAAAAAAGCUCAGGGGCUUGCGAAAGGCAAUACUCUUAACCACGAGUAAGAGCUCUGCAGGUCCAGCAGACGCCGAUAUUAUUCCAAACCUGCACAUGCUUGGUGGGCAAAUCCGACAGAUGCAACACGUAUACGAAGGGUACAAAAAUCUCAUCCAACGCAUCCUAGAACCAACUACAAAACAAGCCUCUGGUUACGGCGACACAACCCCUACUUCCCCUACUAUAAAUAGAUUCUUGCAAAUACGUGGCCGCCAAGGUCCACCGCUUGCCCGCUCAGCUAUAUCACGUUUUGAACGGCUCGGUGACCGGUUGGUACUACUAAUCUUGAGCGAGACAAAAGAGUUUCUAGCGGAGAAGGACGCGCUCACAAGCACAUACUUCAAUAUCAAUGCCCAGAAAGAUUCCGAGGCAACAGCCCGCCUUACCCGCGCCGCGGCCUUGCUGGCAAAGCUCAGUGUAUUGUUCCUGCCCGUCAGCUUGAUGACUAGUUAUUUCUCCGUCAACAUCGAAGAUCUAAAUGGGGUGUAUACCACGCAGGAUUAUUGGUACGCGUUUGCCGGGAUCAUGAGCAUAUCGUUCCUCUUCUUGUUCUUUUUGGGCAAGUUGCUGGUUGACAUUACGGAGCUGUUAGAUAGUUGGAUGAAGAAGGCUAGUCGAGGAUGUAGGAGAUUUCUUGGGCAACGCUUGCCAAGAAAUAGCAAGAAUGCAUAG